UUGCGACAUGCACAGAGUUUUGCAUUUCUGCACGCGCGCACAACUCGCAGUGUCGACAUAUUGGCAAAGAUACCCAUAAUCGUCAUUACCACCACCAACCAGCAACACCAACCAACAGCUACAGCCACAUCGCCAGCCAUGAUGAUGCUUGCUGCUUCGAGGACAGCGGCCCGCGCCGCCUUUGCCGCUCGUACCAUGUACACGGCCACCCGCCCCAACCUGCUGAUCAACAAGGACACCAAGGUCAUCUGCCAGGGUUUCACUGGCCGUCAGGGUACCUUCCAUAGCGAGGCCGCUAUUGAGUACGGCACACGCAUGGUUGGCGGCGUGUCCCCAAAGAAGGCCGGCCAGGAGCACCUUGGCCUUCCCGUCUUUGGCAGCGUUGAGGAGGCAAAGCGGGAGACGAACGCUGAUGCGACUGUCGUCUACGUCCCUCCCCCUGGCGCCGCAGCCGCCGUCCUGGAGGCCAUGGAGGCCGAGGUUCCCCUCAUUGUCUGCAUCACAGAGGGCAUUCCCCAACAGGAUAUGGUUCGCGUGAAGCACGCCCUUCUCCAGCAGGACAAGUCUCGUCUUGUUGGCCCCAACUGCCCCGGCAUCAUCAAGCCUGGCGAGUGCAAGAUUGGCAUCAUGCCCGGCCACAUUCACACCCCAGGCAACAUCGGUGUUGUAUCGCGCUCCGGCACCCUCACGUACGAGGCUGUUGGCCAGACCACCACCGUUGGCCUCGGCCAGUCCCUCUGCGUCGGCAUUGGCGGCGAUCCCUUCAACGGCACGGACUUUAUUGACUGCCUCGACGUCUUCCUCAAGGACCCAGACACGCACGGCAUCAUCAUGAUUGGCGAGAUUGGUGGCUCCGCUGAGGAGGAGGCUGCUGAGUUCCUCAAGCAGAACAACUCGGGCCCCAACCGCAAGCCUGUUGUGUCGUUCAUUGCUGGCCUGACUGCUCCCCCUGGCCGCCGCAUGGGCCACGCCGGUGCCAUCAUCUCCGGCGGAAAGGGCGGCGCAGCAGAGAAGAUUGCUGCGCUUGAGGACGCUGGUGUCAUUGUUGCCAAGUCCCCCGCCCAGAUGGGCACCCUCAUGAAGCAGGCCAUGGAGGACCGUGCGUAAGCGAACCAACAACUUGGGCUGUCCCCCCGUGCCGGUGUCAGAGAUUCAUAGCCUGACGGUGCAGAGCGUUGCAACACCCCCACCCCCAAAAUCCCAAUCCCAUUUGCACACUUGCCUGUGCGUAUUGGACCAACAUUGGCUGCUUCCAUCUUUGCUUGUCUUGCGUCACUUUGUUUCGUUUCACCAUCAUCUUCCUUCUUUCCUUCUUUGCCGCAACUGCCCUUUGUCGUCCCUGUUGUGUCUGUUGCCAUUGCCGCCGCUGAUCACGUGCUGUUGAUAUCGUGAUGCCUUCCAGUUCAUUGUGUCGGCAGCACCCAGUGUCGCGCUCUCCCCCCCCCCAAUGUACUUGCCGUAGGGUGUUUCUGUUUGUCGGUCCGUGUGCAAUAAACCCUCCUCAGAUUGUGUA